GCGAUUUUGUAUCGAUCCGCACACUCCAAGAUGGCCGCCGUCGGUCAGAAUAUCGUGUGGCGUUCGUCCCAAGAAUCAGAAGAAUUCUCGGAUUUAUUCGCUAUACGACGAGUGUUUCCUUAUAUUAGUGAAAUGAUGACGAAGAUUUCGUUACGACGCAGUGGUUUUUAUUUGGAGGGUUGCUGAAAUUCUCCUGUAUUAGUUAAACCACAGCGGAUAUGUGUUGCUGUAAAGACAAGGACUCCCCGGAUCCUGGGUCCAACGCAGCACUGGCUGUACAGAAACCCAGGAAGAAUGGCUGGAGCUGGCCCCUCCACCCCUUCCAACUGGUGGCGUGGUUUUUCAUCGCCUACUUUGGAGUCAUCCACUUCGGGGUACUGGUGCCCGUAAUGCCAGCGGAAUGGCAGAUUGCCGGAUAUAUUAUUGUUGGUAUAUUCCUGGCGCUUCACUGCAUUCUGCAUAUAUGGAGCCUGACUGUGAACCCUGCAGAUGAUAAUGUAAUACGCAAGUGGAAAGGGCUGGAACCCAAGAAAUAUGACCGAACCAUGCAAGCUCAUGUCAUUGAGAACAACAGAUGUUACAUCUGCGACACUGAUGUGUGUGCGUCUGCAAAACAUUGUCGCCUUUGCAAUAAAUGCGUGUCUGGGUUCGACCACCACUGUAGAUGGCUCAACAGCUGCAUAGGCGACAAAAACUAUAAGUUGUUUAUUUCCUGUCUGGUGUCUGCGCUGGUGGGAGCCGUACUUAUUCUGGCCAUCUCUAUUUACGUUACGGUGAUGUAUUUUGUGGACCCGUCAGCCCUACACUAUGCUCAACAAGGGAUUCUUGUGAGUGCCGUCGUUACCCCAGUCGCGUCUGACCUUCCCAGUGUCACACCCAACGUGUUGAGUAACGAUACGUCAAUUCUUCCAGCAACUACCCCAGGCCAGAGCAGUUCCAUGACUUAUAAGUAUUACUUAUUUGCGGAGGUACCCGGGGAGGCGUUUGUGAGUAUCGUGAUUUUAACAUCACUCCUCUGCGUGGUCGCGAUGCUUCUCCUGGGACAUCUACUGUGCUUCCAUCUGUACCUGAUGUGCAAUAGCCUUUCCACAUAUGAUUACAUCAUGCGGGGCAGAGAGAAGGCCAAGCAGUCUUCACCUGAGUCAAGCCAGCAGAACCUUAAGGGUAAUAAGGUUGCACCAGUAGCAAUGAUCUCGCGAGAGCAGGGCCUCCAUGAAAGCAUGGAGAACGGGUACGUUCCAGAGAAUGGGUACCACCAUGGUAGCUACGACCCAAACAGUUCCGACGAGGACACCAGACAGAUGCAGCGUCAGUACGAGGAGGUACUGAUGGAGGACGAGGCUCUGUCCCCCCGCCUGACCGCCAGGAGCAGCGGCAGGCACCGCCCCAAGAGCUCGGAGAGAGAGCGACUAGACAGCGACAUCGAACUGCCAAAGGCGGCAAAGAUGCCACGGCAGCUACCACCACUUAGGCCGGUAGCAAACUUAGUACAGGAGACCACACAGGUAGCCCCUACCAACAGCAAAAAGAAGAGGCAGUGUAGGGCCAAGGAACAGUCACACAGUGAUAGUGUUGCCUCAGAGAGGAAGAAGCCCAAAAGGAAUGGCACAUCCAAGGAGAAAAGGAUGGAAGUAGCUGCCAUUGCGGCCAAUGGUACAUAUACGCCACGUGGUUACCACAUCAACCCAGCACUGCCCCCAAUCACGCCACCAGCACCGCCGCCACCGAUGAAUGAUGUGAUCACCCCUGCACGCUCCCCGUCUCCGUACCACUCCUCCUCAGCUGAGUCACUACAUGAGAUUCCACUGGACACCAUCAGGAGUGGCUAUGACCAGCUUGCUUUGGUCAGAAACAAGCCGCAGGUUAUCCCAGCAGGAGGCAGCCCCAACAGCAGUCCAAACUUCUCCGCCCGGGACCAGGAGAGAAGGUCUCACCCCAAGAGACGGAAGGCCAAGCCCAAGGAGAGGCGCCCCCGUCCGCUAGACGUGCCGCCAUUGGAGCUGACUCAGACAGUCACUGACGGAGAGUACAGCAUCCGGAGUGACGUCACCACGGCACAGAGUGGCAGGCCACUCCCAGUCAUGCAUAUGGCAACGAGUAAUGUGUAAAUAUCAUUGAUUCUUGUUGUCAUGCCAUAUGAAUAUAUAUAUAG